AUCUACCUGCUGCUGUACAACAGACAUUCUUCACUGAUGCUUGUUUCCAGCUCUUGCUCUGUCAUCCUCACAGCCUCUCAUGUUCCUUUUAUAGUGUCCUGACUUACUGUCUUUUGUACUUGAUUUAUAUUGCUUCAGAUAAGGCCCGAGCAGAAUGCGUUCAUCCCAGCCCUCGUUCACUCUGGCGCCGUCUCACCAGGGACCUUGGGUUCUUCAGCAGUGGAAGACGCAAGCCAGGCCUCGGACUAGGACCUCUCCUCUGCUGCCGCCCCCGAUCUUCGAGGUCUCAGUGAGGAACCGCUUCUCCCCUCUUUGCGAGGCGGAACGCGACGCCGUGGUCAUCCAAGAAUCCAUCAUCUGCCAUGUCCACGCUACCACAGCCAAAGGUAAGGUGCGCAGUCACUGUUUUCCUGGUGCUCGUGUUCUCGAUGUCGCUACACAGGUUCCCGCGAUCCUGAAUGGUGAUGAGAGCAUUGGAGCUGUAGUACUGCAUGCAGGGGUGAACGACACCAGGCUGCGGCAGACGGAGGUGCUGAAGCAGGACUUCAGGAGCCUGAUCGAGACGGUACAAGCCACAUCGCCCGCAACGAAGAUCAUCGUGCCCGGACCGCUUCAGACAUACCGACCAGGAAAUGAAAGGUUCACUAGAUUAUUUGCUUUAAAUGAAUGGUUGAUGUCCUGGUGUACUGAACAGAAGCUGCUCUUUAUAAAUAUCUGGAAUCUUUUCUGGGAGCGUCCUAGGCUCUUCCGUGCUGAUGGCCUGCACCCCAGCAGAACCGGAGCUGAUCUUCUGUCCGAGAACAUCUCCAAGACGCUUUGCACCAUAUGACUAGUAAGUCAAACCUCAAAUCACAGUCUGUGUUCUGCCCACUUAAUUGAUAGAAAUGUGAGUGUAGUACAGUCUAUAGAAACUGUGUCUAUUCCCCGAAUAGUGAGGUUUAACAAUAAACAUAAAGGAUUUAGAAAAAAUUUGAUCGUAA